UUCAGAACCAAUUUGCAACCCGGCUGAACCUCGCGCAUCUUCACCUUUCUUCACAUUGUUUUCCGAGCUAUGGCGUCGGCGACAUUCCCAGCGCUCGUUUUGCUGAUGCUCGUCGCCUCCGCAUCCGUUUUCGCCCAGCCCGGGGGCGGAAUGGGAGGCGGCGGAGGCGGGGGCGGCUGCACCGGGGGAGGCAGCGGGGACUGCAGCGGGGGCGGCCCGGGGGUCAACGGCGGUGGAAUGGGCGGAGGUGGCGGCCCCGGCAGCAACAGCGGCGGAAUGACGGGCAUGGCAAACCCGCAGGGCCCGGGACUGUCGUUCUCCUUCUACUCCGAGUCGUGCCCCAAGGCGGCGGACAUCGUCGCGGCGCGCGUGUACGCCGCGUUUAAGAAGGACCGCGGCGUCCCUGCGCCGCUGCUCCGCCUGCACUUCCACGAUUGCUUCGUGCAGGGUUGCGACGCCUCCGUGCUGCUCGACUCCACAUCCAACAACAAGGCGGAGAAGGACGCGGAUCCCAACGCCACUCUCGGUGCAUUCGACGUGAUCGACGACAUCAAGGCGCACCUCGAGGCCGAAUGCCCCGGCACCGUGUCUUGCGCCGACAUUCUCGCUCUCGCCGCGCGCGAAGGCGUGCAUCUGGCCGGCGGUCCGCUCACGGAGGUGCCUCUGGGGCGUCGCGACGGGCUGACGUCAUUCGCGCUUGCGGCGGAGACGUUCCUCCCAGGAUCCACCCUCAACGUCUCCGGGCUUGUGCACAACUUCGCUACAGUCGGCCUCGAUAUCCUCGAUGUCGCCACACUCAGCGGCGCGCACACGAUGGGCGAGGCUCGCUGCGUGAGCCUGAAGAAUCGCCUGACGCAGAAUGACCCCACGAUGAACCCCGAGUUCGCUGCUUACGUCAAGGCCAAGUGCGGCACGAGCAACAUUAGCCCCAAGGCUAUGAUCAACAACGACUACAAGACCCCCAGCCGGUUCGAUAACCAGUAUUACAAGAACCUGCUGGCUCGUGCUGGCCUCCUCACCACGGACCAAGCUCUCAUUUACAACCGCACGACCAUGCGCGCUGUGAAGGUAUUCGCCAAGAAAAAGAGCGUUUUCUUCAAGCACUUCAGGCGCUCUGUCAUGAAGAUGGGUAUGAUCACACCCCUUACUGGCAGCCAGGGCCAGAUCAGGAGCAACUGCCACCGGGUAAAUGCCUAAUUUCCCCAGCCAAUCCAGGUCUAGUGUGAGGCUAUGAAAGGGUCCUCCCCUGUGAAGUGCUAGCAGACACAUAGUGGAUGUGAAGGGGAGGGGGACAGGAGGAUCGGUCCUUGGCUAACAGCAGUUGGCUUGGGCACCCGCCAACUUAGAGGCCAGUCCAGGACAGUUGGGGUUGGGGGGCGAUGCAUCAGGUUGGGGGUCUGUUUGUUGUGUCAGUGUGUUGGAAAUAAAUUACGAUACAGUACUGCACAUUGGCGAAGCG